AUGCCUACCUGGGACAACAAGCCAAACGGUGUGAUGAAAGCAGCUGUGUUAACAAAUCCAGGUCACGAUGCGCCUCCCAAGUGCUUCACCUAUCAAUUGGACUAUCCUCGCCCUUCGCUACCUUCUCCUGAAUGGGUUUUAUGCCGAGUUCAUGCUGCUGGGUUAAAUCGAGCAGAACUACGAGGAAGGACAGGAGCAGCACCAUUCAUUGCAGAAUUCAUCAUAUUCCAGAAGGAAUACCAUGAAGAUCCUCCAAAGAUCCUUGGAGAAGAAUUCGUGGGAGAAGUGGAAGAAGCAGGAGCAGAGUCGGGGUACAAGCAAGGUGACAAAGUUACCGGUUUUGUCUAUGGCGGAGGGAAGGCCUAUGAUGGCGCAUAUGCAGAGUUCACAUUGUGUCACAAACGUCGCCUCUAUCGCCUCCCACAAACAAGCUUGACCUGGAAUGUUCUCGCAGCCAUACCGAUGAGCAUGUACACAGCGUGGGGAGCACUGAUGCUCGCUGGUCGACUUCGAGAACGACCAAAGGGAUCUAAUGUUCUCAUACACGGCGCCACAUCAAGUGUGGGAAUCUGGGCCAUGCUGAUUGCCAAGCACGCUGGCUCUGUGAUCAUUGCGACGACAAGGAACGCCGACAAGGUGCCAAAGCUUCGAGAAGCUGGAGCUGUUCACGUCGUCCUCGACGAAGACAUGGACGUGGAGGUGGCAAAGCUCUAUCCCGAUGGGGUGGAUAUUGUCAUAGAGCUGGUUGGCCCUGACCGCGUCAUGAGCAGCGUCAAUCUUUGUGCUCGAUAUGGUACCACGGUAUUGGUCGGCCCUCUGAACAAACACUGGAGCGCAGGGCCUUUCGAACCCUUCUCGAUUCCGCCAACGCGUAAUGUCAGUUUCUUUACCAUGACAAACAGCGGCCCAGGGUCUGAAGAUGCCGACGUUGACCAUGAAACGAUCGAUCGGCUCUUAGAGGAUGUGGUUCGGAAAGUUGAGAAUGGUAUUUACCCACAGGAGAUGUUCCUUGACAAGACCUUUACGCUGGAUGAAAUGGGUGAUGCUCACGAGUACAUGGAGGAGAAUAGAGCGGUCGGAAAAGUGGUUGUGAAUGUGCCUUGA